AUGUGCGGACCUCGGCCGGCUUCCGACGUCAAGGUGAAGCUGUGGGACGAAGACGACGGCCCCGAUCCGGAUGACGUCUUGGACGAAGGCGUCACUGACGCGGACGGCUUUUUCCAACUUUCGGUCGCGUUUUGUAUCAAUACCAAUAUUUUAACCAACCGAUUUGAGGGAAGCGAACGAGAAAUGACAACAUCGAUCCGGUUUUCAAGGUUUACCACGACUGCGACGACGGAAUCAAGGUUCAAGUCUUGAAUUUGGAUAUAACUUCAGCUUGAAAGUACACUGAUAGCAAUAUCAAAACAAUUUCCCAUGCUUAGCGCCAAAAACCAUCCUUUUCUUCACAGAAAUCAACUUCGAAACUUUAUAACUAGGUAAAAAGGCAAAAGCGUCAAAAAAUUGUUUUUGAAAAAAUCCGGAUGCUCUGAAGUAAGUUUGAGAUUCCUAGAAGUUUCGUUUCCUUUAUGAGGAAAAUCUCCCUUUUUUUUAAAUGAAUCUUCCAACUUUCAGCCUGGUCAGCGAAAGGUGAAGUUCCGGAUUCCGACCCAGUACAUUUCUCCCGGCGGCCAUGCCAAACGUACCUUCGACAUUGGUGUCCUCAACCUCGAAACGAUUUUCCCCAAAGAAGAACGAGACUUUAUUUGAUAAUUGAACUUUCUUACAUUUUUAUUUUAAUAAAUUAACAGAUGCAGAAUAUGUGUUGAAGAUCUAGAAAUUCAACAAUAAAAAGUGAGCUUGAAAAUUAUCCAUUUGCGCGUGAUAUGAAGUUUGAUCCGCAAGUCCGUCAUCUGCGUAAGUUUCAUGAACAGUAAUCGUGUUUUAAAAAAAUCUGAAUUUUUUCUCAUUCCUUUUUUUCUCGUUAUUGUUUGGUUAUCAAUGCUUUUAAUUUUUCUUGUUUUUUGUUACCUGUUAAAAGCUACUUGCAGAAGAUUUAUAAAGGCGAAGUUAUUUGAAAUAUUUUUCAAUACUAUUAAUAACACAAAUUGGCUAUUCUCCUUAAAAUCUCCUGAAAUUCAGUCUAUGCUCUUAAAAAUUUUCGAAAAAUUUUUCAAACAGAUUCUAGAUUGUUCAUGAGAUUCAUAGAUCAUAUUAUAAGAGCUUAUCGGAAAAAAAAUACCAUUUUUGGCGUGAUAUUUUUCAGAUUAUUAGUGCAAAGAGCUUUGAAGUUUUACAACUUUGUCUUUUUUAAAUUCUUAUCAAGCUGAAUUGGUGAAUAAGGUUCAUGCGUUUGACUUUGUAAAGUGAGUAGAUUGAACUCAUUGAGCGGAAGGAAAAUGAUUUUUGAUCCCCGUGAAGAUUGCAUUUUAGUGCUUGCGCCAUUUUUAGAAGGACCUGGCAGGGCUGUCGGCUCAACUCAUGGGCGGCGAUGUGAAGUUCAAGGAUAGAUCCCCUCUGCUACAAAGGUUGAAAAAUUAUAAAAAGUUUAUUUUUUUAAAAAAUUCUACAAGUUAUCCAAAGGCGCAAGGGUCGCGUGGUGAAAAAUUAAAAAAAGGUUUACUUUCAUCAACGAAUUUCAACCUGUCUUUUUUUAACAAUAUUGUUCAACCUUUUUUUCGCGAUUCGUCUGAUUUAGUGCGCUAAACUUGAAAAAUUUAUCAUUUUUUGCAAAUUUCCUCCAUUCGAAUUUCAAUAAAUUGCUUCAUCUCUUGCCUUUUUUUUUUCUGAAACUAGGAAAAAAUAAUUUACAGCUAUGAUUCAAGAAGCUUGGGAUUGGCAUGGAACCGGCGGUCGAUGUCGAUUUCCUGCAGUCUCAUCAACCUCCGACUUCGACAGAUGGCCAUGAUGGUGCUCACCAUUUUCGGACUUUUCUCCUCGAUUUACGUCAUUUAUUUGCUCUACUUUUCUUAUAUGGACUACGUUGAGAAGCUAGCCAUCGAUGAAGUUUUGGUAAUUUUUCUCUGAUUUUUAUAAAAACUAAUUUUUGAAUUUUCAGCCACCGCAAAAGUGGGAUUUUGAGGAGAGCCCUCACUUGAAAUCUACUGAAGUCGAAGCCAAUUUUAUUGAAUGGCAAAAGGAUUAUUUUAACAGGUUUGCAAUAUGUUAUGCCGUUUUCAAUGUAUAGCUGACUUACGGCUACCUGUCUGCGCUCUCCACGAUCCAGACGCUAUCUUUUAUUUUCGUGUCAGGACCCUUUUUUUGAUGGCUCAAAUCAGCCGUGACACAGCUAUCAUUUCCGCGAAAUGUAAAACUAUCUCUGACUCUCCAAAAUUCGGAUAUCUUUUUCUUUCUCUGACGGCUAUUUUGGAUUUCGCAGAAUCACUUUAUACACGACAUUAACUUUUUAUCAAUUUUUUUUUGUUUCAAGGAGCGUAAAUCCCCAUUUACGGUGCGGCGAGUUUUUCGACGAUUAUAACAAUGAGACUCGGAAAAGUUACGUUGAAGCGGGGCGGAUGACACUGCCGGAGGUUUGAAAGUACUUUUAAGAAAUUUUAGUAGCAGUUAGAUUAACAAUUUUUCUUUUAGAGGCCGAAAAAAUGGCCCCUAAAGAUAUAUAGGGGUUUGGGGUCUAACCUCUUAGUUCUGAAGCUUAAGUGGUCCCAUAAGAAUCAUUAAAAUGAUUCAAAAAAAAAGUUAAUUUUUUGUUUUAGCAUAAAAAUGCUUCUUCGUCUAUUAUCGACUACCAUGUCCCCUGUAGGGAAAACUAACUAAAAUCCAUAUUAGGGACUGGUUUUGCAAGCGUAAGUGGCCACUAUAGGGGUUUAAGAUCCGACCUCUUGGCCCCUGAAGCUCAAGUUGACCCUAUAGGGGUCUUUCAAUUUCAUUCAAAAACGCUUAUUUAUUCAGUUCUUCCCUAUGGAAAUGCUUCUUUGCUUACAGUUCAUAGCAUGUCUCCUAUAGGGACCACCUUUUCAAGCUUUAGUGACCCCUAUAAGGAUCGGUAAAGUGACUCCCAGAGAAGCCCCUAAGGUUACCCUAUAGAGACCACUCUGGAGGUCCUUCACGAUCGACAAUUCCUCAAUGUUAGAAAAUCAGAAAAAUGCUUUUUAGGAAAAAUUGAACUUCUCGAUGGACUGCAACUCAAUUCGACGCCGUAUUUUUGGAAAUACCUUUUUUACAAAGUCGGACCGGCCUUUAGCGUACAGUCGCCUCGUUUAUAGGGUCUGAAAUUAUAUAUUCAUUGAAUAAUAUCCGUAUUUUAAGUCGUAUGCCCUCCAAGAGGCGCUUCUGUCCAUGUCUUACCAUCCGGACGACUGGUACUGUUAUGCGAUCGAUCAAAAGGCCAGCUGCAGGUUCAAAUCGGAGAUGAAGGUCCUCGGCGCCUGCCUCGAUAAUGUCAUCGUUCUUGAUGAGGUAAUUAGAGGUUUUCAGUGAAUAUUAAUAGUUGAAAAGCGGUUUUUUUUAAUCAAUCGGGCCAUACGUCGGCAUAUCCUCUUUUUUUUCGAACUUACAUGAGCUUCAGACCAAUUUUAUAAGCAGAGCAAACAUUAGCACGUUUUUAUUUAGAUUUACUGGUCCUGGAGAUAGUUUUAAAAUAAACAUCGUAGAAAAGAAUCAUUAUCUUUCACAAGAAAAUUCAGCCAAUUCGUAAGUUGAUGAACUGGAAACUUCCAUCAAGAUCAAUAUAAUUUAAAACAUUUUCUUAUAAGUUCUUUGUAUUAAAGUUGGUUUGGACCGAAUUACCUCACUAGGAAUUCAUUUUGGUUUUUACGAUAUUUUUUCUAGAAUAAGCCUGAAAGUGGGCGGAGCUUAGUCCAACCUGGUUCAAAAGGUCGCUCACCAUCUAUGGUAGUGAGGAGAUCGCCCAGGAGCUGAAGUUGACAUUUUUGUACCAAAAUUUUUAGUAAUUGCUCGAUUUUCUGAGAGAACACUUUUUUUUCAAAAUUCCGAGACCUAAAGCGCAGAGAGAGAGGGUUCUCUGAAUUAAUUCUUCCCUUUUUUCUUGGUCUCAAUGAUUAAAGUCAUCAGAAAAAGGAUAAUUAUUAGGAAUUCGAUCUGAACUCGUCCGGCCGCGACUACAACCGCGGUGGCUUGGCCUGUUUUGAGAAAUUGCGCGCCAAGGACUGGUUUCACGUUAUGAGCCUGCAGGUAUCGUUUUUAUUUGUUUGUCUUUUUUUAUUUUUGAAUUUUUGAAUACAUUUUCGAUUGAAAAACUCGGUAUAGGUCAUUCCGCGCCAGCUUGUCACGAUUUUAAAUUUCCUCAAAGCUAGAGAGCCCAUUUCGGCGCUUCGCUUCGAUGCUCUCGGUGUGCCCUCUUGCGUGCGCCUUUAAUAAAAACAUUAUUUCUGAUUAAGAUAUUGCUUCAAUCUUCUCUAUCUCUUUUAUUAAUUUACGAGGUUGUUUUUUUAAUGGAUUGAUUUCAUUUUUCGCUUUAACUAUACACACUCAGAUUCUGUGCUGGAUUUGUAAAAAAAAAGAAAAUCAAAAAGAUUGAAUUAUUAUUUUUUAAUUGUUAUUAAGGAAACCGACUGUUCGAGCUUUUCGUGCAUAUAAUUUUUGGGUUAGUUUGAUAUUAAAUUUGAUGUUACAACUGUUUUUGUAGAGUAUGAAAACUCCAAAAAUUCGGAAAUAAUGAGUUUUAUUAAAGGCGCACGCAAGAGGGCACACCGAGAGCAUCGAAGCGAAGCGCCGAAAUGGGCUCUCUAGCUUUGAGGAAAUUUAAAAUCGUGACAAGCUGGCGCGGAAUGACCUAUAUUGGGCAUAAAGACACGUAGGAAAAAUUAGUUUUUUUUUGUUAUUUUUUAUAUGAACUUUCUGGUGAUUUUCAAGUAGCAGAGGGUUUUUUUACGGCUUCCAAAGUUUGAGGCAGUUUAUUAUAACCUGAAAAAAAGUUAUUCUGAAAAAAAUUUAUCUCCAGAACAAUGACAUGAUCGUGAAGACACACGAGGAAAUGGUCGCCGUCAGCAAAUUUCUGAACAUUUCUUCGAACACCGGCUCCGAACCUCCCAAAAGAGAAAGGCGAGGAGUUUUCAGAGAAAAGAAGUCCAAUAGAAAUAUAAGAUCUCUUUUUUUUGUUUUUUUUUUUUUGACUAGGAACGCUUUUCAGGCCUCAAUGAAUAUUUUGAUAAGUCUGAAGUUCACUUAA